CAGGCAGCGAGCCAAGUAAACCGUCCGAGGCGAGCCCCACCACCUCCGCGUUCACACGCGGGGAGGAGAGGGACGAGCCGAGCCCUGCGAGCGAUUACAAGAGCGCAAUCCAAUCUCUCUCUCUGUCCCCUCCCACUCUCUCUCGUUUCGAUUCGCGCCAUGGAGGCGCAGGCGCAGGACAGGGCGGAGGAGGGGGAGGCCGCGCGGCAGCAGCACGUGGUGGGGGCCGCGACGGCGGCGGCGGCGGCGGGGAUGGCGAUGGGCGCGAUCCCCAUGCACGGGUUCAUGGUGCCCAAGCCGGAGCCGGUGGAGUACUUCGGCGGGAUGGCAGUGGUGCGGGGCAAGCCGCCGCCACGGAACCGCGACCGGCACACCAAGGUGGAGGGCCGCGGGCGGCGGAUCCGCAUGCCGGCGGCGUGCGCGGCCAGGAUCUUCCAGCUGACGCGGGAACUAGGGCACAAGUCGGACGGCGAGACCAUCCGGUGGCUGCUGCAGCAGUCGGAGCCCGCCAUCAUCGCCGCCACCGGCACUGGCACGGUCCCGGCGAUCGCCACCACCGUCGACGGCGUCCUCCGCAUCCCCACGCAGUCCUCCUCCUCCUCCAGCCCCUCGUCCCUCGCCAUGGUCGACGGCGAGGAGUCCUCCGCCAACAAGCGCCGCAGGAAGCUGCAGCCCACGCGCGCCGCGGCGGGCGCGUCCCCGCUCGCCACCGCGGCGCCCGCGGCAUACUACCCCGUCAUCGCCGACCCGCUCCUGCAGGGCACCGGCGGGGCGGCGGCCAUCUCCGUCCCGAGCGGCCUCGCCCCCAUCACCGCCUCUGGCGCGCCCCAGGGGCUCGUCCCGGUGUUCGCGGUCCCGGCCGCCGGCAGCCCCGGCGGCGGAGGCGGCGCCGGCAGCCGCAUGAUCCCGCAGGCCACUGCCGUGUGGAUGGUCCCCCAGCCCGGCGCCACGGCGGGGGGCGCGGCCACCCAGCCGACCCAGUUCUGGGCCAUCCAGUCCGCGCCGCAGCUCAUCAACCUCGGCGGCGCGCAGACCGCCGCCGUGUUCCCGACGGCGGUGAACGUCGCCGACUUCCAGCAGCAGCAAGUCUCCAGCAUGUCCCACAACAGCAACUCGGAGCAGCAGCACCAGCUGCACCUGCAGCACCCGGGGUCUAGUUCCCACGACCAGCACCGCGGUGGCGGCCGGAACAACGUCGACCACCCGGAGGAGGACGAGGACGACGACGACGAGGAGCCGGUGUCCGACUCCAGCCCGGAGGAGUAAACACGGCGUCGGCGGGCGGCGUGCGCGCCCAGAAAGUCCAACCCCAAAGCUUAGGUUCCUUUCCCUCUAAUUUAAAAUCACCGUUCCUUUUUCUCCCCUUUCGCAAUCCUCCUUAUGAUGAACUAGUAAUUACGCGGCCGUGUGAGUGUGCUUUCCGUCCGUCGUAGGCUCGCUCAGUGACCCAGUGUUAGUGGUAGAGAGAAGAAGAUGAAAGAGGUAGAAGACGCAGGCAGCAUUUAAUGUAAUAUGCAAACGAAAGGAGCAGCUGAUUAUCAAGUUAAUUAACGACCUUUCCCUAAUUUUAAUUUAUAACCGA